GGAUUCAAAAUACCACUGCCCAGGCACCGUCAGCUCGAGGAAAUCCGUGUAUGUAGGAGGCAGGAAGCGGCUUCCUGCAGGGGGUAUGCCCACUGGAUGGCAUGCGGCAACAACAGCAAUCAUAGCAGCAGCAGCAGCAGCAGCACAUCAAACUGGCACAUCCGGGCGUUGUGCUAGGGACGGGUCUCAUAUAUCUCCAACAUCUCCUUCAGGUAUGGAGGAAACGAGCACAAACUCAACCCACAAUGUAUCCACCGCUUCUGACCCUUCUACUCGUGUGGGUCACCGCCGUGGCGGCAGCCGAAGACCUCCGCCUCGUUUCCCCCGCCGAAAUCCGGAGCACCCGCCGCGACCUCCUGGGGUACUCGAUAAAAGACCAGUACUGUUGGCUUCUGGCCCAUUCCGCCGUCCGCGUGGGCAACUACGUCUACAUUGACGGCGGCAUGGCUAAGUACCGCGUCAUGAUGGAUCGUGAGCCGGUCGGUGUGUGUGAUCUGAACGGACACACUGUCAGGUUGUCGCUCGAACGGGAUUUCGAUGUGGAUAGUCCGAACCUCGAGGUGAUGGCGACGAAGGGCACUGAGGUCCCAGUGGCUAAUCGGGGAGCCUUGUGGGUCGAUGGAGAGGACCUUCUCAUUCAGGGCGGCCAUUUCUACGACUCUGCGAUCUGGAAUACCUCGACGUGGUAUAAGAAUAAGACGGAUAUACCGGAUUAUUCCAUCUGGCGUUUCUCCCCCGACAAGCAGCCGCAGGAAACUCGGUGGCAGGAGGACAACUUCCUUCUCGAAAGCGGCCGAUCGGCGGUCCGGCCCGUCGUCAGGACCGUCUCCGGCGCCGCAACCUGCACCGAUACCGAGUGUUUCUGGUUCGGAGGUUAUAUUAGCUCACGCACAUCUCCCGAUACACCGCUGAAUUACAGCCUCCCCCAGCGAGGCAUGCUGAUAUACGACAAAGAAACCAAGACGAUAAAGAACCAGACCAUCGAGGGCUACGGCACCGAAGAGGACGGCUAUCAAUUCGGCACGAUUGAUUGGAUCCCGGGGAAAGGCGGGAAGGGUGGAUUAUUGGUUUCCUUGAUGGGGGAACGCUCACUUAUCGGCAGGGCCAAUACCACCGACGAUGAUCUGGACGGCGUGGGUGUCAGCCUGACGCAUGUGAUGGUAUACGACUUGGUGGGAAGGCGGUGGUAUAAUCAAAGCACCGAUUACCGAGGGGAGCCUCUCAUCAGAACCCGUUUCUGCUCGGUGCUAGUUUACGACGAGGAGCGGGACGUCCACGAUUGUCUCUUUAUCUAUGGCGGCCAGUCUGUUGCUGAUGUCACAACCGGAGUAAACGAUCUCUAUGUGCUCUCAAUGCCCGCCUUCAGAUGGGUCCAACUCAAGCCCGAGUCCACUACGAUUGCGAAUCAGUACCUGAGAUCACACGUCUGCAUUCCUCAUGGAAGUCAGAUGCUCAUUAUCGGGGGCAGCUGGCCCAGUAAUCGUAAAGGAGAAGUGGACCAAAACUCUGAAUGCACAUCACGGUUAGUCAAUGUGAUCGACCUGAACAGAGCGGAUAUACAAUACCAAACCAAAUUCCACGCAAAGAAAACUCCAUACCACCAAGCAGAGCGCAUCCGCAAAGAAGUCGGCAACGCAAUCGAGCCCAUCGCCGCAGGCUGGGCGCACGAGGGUCUUGGUGCGAUCUGGCCACGGGGGUCACGGAACGUCGAAACCACCCCCUCCCCACACGCCAAAGGGCCACUCGCUCCCCGCGCUAUCGCCGGCAUUGCCAUCGGCUCCGUCGCCGUCCUCGGCGCGAUCACCGCCUUCGUCUGGUGGUACAGACGAAGGAACAGGGCAGCACCUUAUCACGGCGGGAUACCGGGAGUGGAUCAUUCGCCGGAUGACGAGGACGCAUCUAAACACGGCGGGCUACCGGGAGUGGAUAAUUCGCCGGAUAGCGAGCCCGAGCCUGGUUUGAGGGGCGCCGCCGCCCGUUCCCCCAACCCAAGGUGAUACAGACUGGACUGGUGGUCAGAGGGCGAGGUUGGCGGUUGUCUUCGCCAGUACUCUGCGCACGGAUGAAGCUUAAUGUAAUGAAUACCGUAUAUAUUGAGAGGCGGGGCUAGUUGAACGGCCGGGAAAGCCGGUUACUUUCAAGGUCACUGUUAAAAUCACCCGUCAAACAGGACUCAAGAAGUAGAC